UCUUUAGAGACAUCAAGUCUUUUUUGGAAAAUAUAUUCUUACCAUUAGGGAAUAGCAUUUUAAUUUAUUGUAUUACUCGAGGAACGCCAAGAACACUAAGCAUUAUGAAUAUCUUACAUGUAUGUCAUCAUGUCUCAAGUGCGAUAAUGUACUGAUUGAGAAUGCUAUCACGAAGCGGCAUUCGGCAGAUUUACCUUAAUCUUAUCUAGACCAGUGUUAAGAGUACAUUUAAGUGGAUUCACAGGGGGAAAUAUGGAAACAAUACAUUCGUGCUUUCUUUUAUUUAUCUCGACAGUUGUGUGUUUAAUAUCAUGCACUUUUGUCAACGUUCCCCGUGAGCCUAAUUUGGGAGCUGCCUGGGCCUACAAUUAUGAUCCUCAUAAGGGUAUCCUUGCGAUGAGAAACAACUAUCGUGCGUCGCCAAACGAUACUUGUCACGUGUACAAACUGACAGACCAGCAGAGACAUGAUAUUCACACCAUUGCUGGGGAAUUCAAUAUCGAAAUUAUGAUGUACGACGCUAUCAUAACAAAACAUGGAGAGACUAUGACAGUACAAGAGCUGAACCAAACCAGCUAUAACCUAUGGAAAUUUUGUAAAAAUAAUCUCCACUUUAUGAAGUAUAAUUUCUAUGUUUAAGAUAAAUUAAACUUCCAGUGUUUA